AUGGAGGACCCUCAGUCAGAUCUUGGCACUGACCUCCCCCUGAGUCAAGAGACAUUUUCAUACUUAUGGGAACUCCUUCCUAAGGACAAAGUUCUGUAUUCCCCUGACCUUAACAAGCUGUUUUGCCAGCUGGCUAAGACAUGCCCCGUGCAGCUCUGGGUCACCUCACCACCCCCAACCGGCACCCGUGUUCGCACCAUGGCCAUCUACAAGAAAUCAGAGCAUAUGACGGAGGUCGUGAAGCGCUGCCCUCACCAUGAGCGUAGCUCUGAUUACAGUGAUGGCCUGGCCCCUCCUCAACACCUCAUCCGGGUGGAAGGAAACCUGCGUGCUGAGUAUCUGGAGGACAGCACCACUUUGCGCCAUAGUGUGGUGGUGCCCUAUGAGCCGCCCGAGGUUGGCUCCGAGUGUACCACCAUCCACUAUAACUACAUGUGUAACAGCUCCUGCAUGGGGGGCAUGAACCGGCGGCCCAUCCUCACCAUUGUCACACUGGAAGACUCCAGUGGUAAUCUGCUGGGACGCAGCAGCUUUGAGGUUCGUGUUUGUGCCUGUCCUGGAAGAGACAGACGCACAGAGGAAGACAAUUUCCACAAGAAUGUGGAGCCUGGCCCCAAGUCACCCCCUGGGAGCACUAAGCGAACACGGCCCACCAGUACCAGCUUUUUCACACAAACAAAGAAGAAGAUGCUGGAUGAAGAAUAUUUCACCCUUCAGAUCCGUGGGCGAGAACGCUUCAAGAUGUUCUUAGAGCUGAAUGAGGCCUUGGAGCUAAAGGAUGCCCAGGCUGGGAAGGAGCCAGAGGAAAGCAGGGCUAACUCUAGCCCCAUGAAGUCUAAGAAGGGUCAGUCUACCUCCCGCCAUAAGAAAACUCUUUUCAAGAGUGAGGGACCUGACUCAGACUGA